UCUUACAACGAUGUCGUUCUAUCACUUUUUUUCCAUUUGUAUUACUUUUAGCCUCAAAAAAACAAAAAAAAAAUGAAUAAAUAAAUUAAAAUUAAAAUUUAAACAAAACCUCUGUAAAAACUUUAUUUCUUGAUGUGAAAGACCGCGAGAAUGGCAAAAUGUUAUCCCAACUCACAACUUUCCUCAAUUGCUAAACCCAGAAAAAGCAAAAGGGUCCCUUUUUAUUUCCUUAAUUUUUUAAAAAAAAAUUUAUAAUUUUUGCUUAUUAAUUUGGAAUAUUAAUUUAAUUUUGACACCCUCAAAAAUUGACAGUACUACUACAAAACAGAGCAUAUUUUCUUGUAACUUUCACUUCUGGGUUUCUGUAAUUUUCUCCCCUUUAAUUUGGAGCCUUUUUAUUGUUUGUUGGGUCAAUUCUUCUUACCAAAUUUUCCAAUAUUUUCCAGAAAAAAAACCCCACAAAAAAUUUCUAUAUAAUCUAGAAUUUGUACUUUUUUUCUUGGCUUAAAUGAGCUAUCUUAAGUUUUGAUUUUGAUUUAGAUCAGUGAUGUUACUUGUGUUUUUGUAAUUUUUCUGGGGUUUUAUUGAAAGAUCCCAAAAAAAUUAAAAAAAAUGGCAGUGGAACCAUCUAAGUUAAGGUUGGUUCGUUGCCCCAAAUGUGAAAAUCUACUCCCUGAACUUCCUGAUUAUUCUGUCUAUCAGUGUGGUGGCUGUGGUGCUGUUCUUCGAGCAAAAAAGAGUAAUCUAGAAGCUGGUAAUGGGUCACAGAGGUCCAUUGAGGAGAGGGUUGGGGUAAUUUCUGAGAAAUCUGAGAGUAAUUCAGGGAAAACUGAGAAAUUUUUGGGGAAAGGAGCUGUUUCUGGGGUUGAGAAUGAUGAGGUUAGGGUGAGUAAUAAUGGUGAAGGGAGUAAUGAAGUUGUUGAAAAUUUUGGGAGUGAUUCUAAGAGAGAAGUUGUUGCUUGGGAAGUUGAAAAUGGGGAUUCUAGUAAAAAUGAAAUGGGUAAUGGCAAUUUGGAAUCUAGAGUAGACAAGUUGGAGACCCUAAAUGAGAAUGUAAAUGGGGUGAGGAGAUCUAAUCGGGUUAUUGAGCGAAAAUCGAGUGAUAUAGGGGCAGCGGAGCGAUUUGGUAGGGCUAGACGAGAUUAUUUCGAAGGGAAGAGGUCUUCUAGUUCGAAUCAUUUGGGUGACUCGUCCAAGUAUCAGUUGGAUUCUAGUUAUCGAAAUGAGGCAAGUCGAGCUACUAGAACGACUGAGCUUAUUGAACAUGAUCGAGAGGAGCUCUUGAGGAAGUUGGAUGAAUUGAAGGAUCAACUCAGUAGGGUUAACAAUGCCAAUGAAAAGUUUCAUGAAAAACCUCCUUUGGCUCCUUUGGAGCCGAGGAUGACCCAUGUAGAACCUUAUGCUGAACCUGUGGAUUGUUUUCGUGAUCAUCCAUCUAACUUCCACCGGACUUCAAGGCAAUUUUCUUCUCCUAAUAAACCUGCUGCCGGACUGCCUUACUUUGAGCAUUAUCAAGAGCAAUUUCCGGUUACUCAUAAUUACAACUCAAUGCACAACUCAAAUCAUGUUCCUAGGUAUGAGGAUUCAUAUGAACCUCAAAUGUUCCGGAGACCUCCUCCACAACGGAUCCCAAGUCACCAUCAAUAUAUGGGUCCUGAGCUAGACCCUUUUGAGCCACACCCGUAUGGUAUGGCUGUCAAUCACCAUUCUUGCUCUUGCUAUAGAUGUUAUGACCGACAACUGCAGGCUUCUUUGCAAGUCCCACCAUCAGCAUUUGCCAAUAGAAGGUUUCCUCAUGUUGCUAACAAGUCCAUGUCAUGCCAGCGUGAAGCUCAAGGGGCUUUUGGCUUACAUGGGUAUAAUUCUAGGAUUGUUGAUCCACAACCUCACCCAAGGUGGCCAGGUGACGUUAAUGUUGAAAUGGGGAGUUUUUCUCGUGGUCGUCCUCAUAGGAUGGUUCUAGCUAGUAGUCAUCGUUGCCGCCCUGUAGUAGGUGGUGCUCCGUUUGUAACAUGUCACAAUUGCUUUGAAGUAUUAAAGUUGCCGAAAAAGGUGUUUUCCAAGAAGGAUGACUGGCAAAUGUCUUGUGGAGCAUGCUCUACUGUGAUCUCUUUCACCGUUACGGAUGAAAAACUAGUGCCAGUUGACACAGCAGUGAAGCAAACAACUACUGAUGCUUUUGACAAAUCUGAUGGGUUUGGUCUUGGGCCUCAUGGCCAUAAAGUAAGCUUUUGUUCUGAGGAUUAUGCUAACUCAGUGUAUGAUUUUCAAGCAAUGGAUAGGGAACCUAUUUCUUCAUCAACUUGCCAGGGUGUAAGCUCCAGCAAGUCUGAAGAAAUGCACAACCUUCACUCGGUUUCUGCUACAACUUCUGAGGAUGAACAUUUUUCAGAUGAAUUGGUUGCUAAAAAAGGAGUGACCUCUGCAACUAUUCAUCCUGAAAAAGCUGCAUCUUCUCCUUCUCCUCCGGGUUCACCUCUUCAAGACCCUUUUGAUUAUACAUCUAAAUUCCGUGCCAUAAACCGUUAUGGAAAGGGAAAUUUGAGUAGUCGAUCAGAUCAAGAGAGGGUUAUUACUAACAAGAAUACUGUUCGGCAAAACUCCUUGAAGGAGUCACUGGCAACGGAGAUGGAGAUGUCACAUAAUGAAUACCUAAAUAAUGAGGUAACACAAGAGUCAACAGAUAAAUGCAGAGAAGAGGAUCACCCAAAAAUGAAGAAAGGAGUAGAUUCAUUUUUGGCAGGAAUUAUAAAGAAGAGCUUCUCUAAAUCCAACCAAACCUUGGAAAGUGGUAAAAGAAAUGUUAUGGUUAAUGGGAAUCUGAUACCAGAUAAAUUGGUUAAGAAAGCAGAAAAGAUGGCAGGUCCAAUAUACCCUGGACAAUACUGGUAUGACUACAGGGCUGGGUUCUGGGGUGUGAUGGGUGGGCCUUGUCUUGGCAUCAUACCUCCAUUUAUUGAGGAGUUCAAUUAUCAGAUGCCAGAAAAUUGUGCUGCUGGGAACACUGGUGUGUUUGUAAAUGGUAGAGAACUUCAUCAAAAAGAUAUGGAAUUGCUUACAAUCAGAGGACUUCCAGCUCUUAGGGACAAAUCUUACAUUAUUGAGAUCUCUGGACGAGUUGUGGAUGAAGACUCUGGUCAAGAACUUGACAGCCUUGGCAAACUUGCCCCAACGAUUGAAAAGGUCAAACAUGGGUUUGGCAUGAGAGUUCCAAAAACCGUGUCUUAAAGUAAACUGGCAUGCAUGAAAACAAGUUCACUAAAUGCUCCUACAAUUAGGAAGAGUCUGGUUGCCUGAACUCGCCCUUAUGAACUCCGUACUUGCUUUCAAUCUGUUGUGCUGUCGAAGGAGGUUUCCAAGCUACCCUAGUACCUGUCUGGAUUACAGAAUGGCGAUAUCUGUUUGUCCAUCAUAUUCAAAGAUUUUUCCUUGGCGGCUUUGGUUUGUUCGGAGAGGUGUAGUGUCUCGAAAGGGAGGUGUAGAUCGACCUGUCUUUCUCUAUUAUUUAUGUAAUAUCAAUUAGCUGAUCUAAUUUGUAAUGUUGUAUAUUGUUAGAUGCAUUGUUAGUCAAUCGGCACCAAUCAAGUGAAUAUUAUAAAAUGACAUUGAUCCAGUGUUGGAUAAAGUGUGAUUAUCUCUAGGAACAUUUUCCCCGUCAAUUUAUGCUUGCGAUUUUGUAAUGUAUCAAAGAAAUGGUAACGAGUUAAAGUCCAUGAGCAAAUGAUUGAUUGCAAAUUCAUUUGUUUCUGAUGAAUGUGAAAGUACAGAUUGACCUCUUGAUGGACU